ACAGCAGGAUCAUCAUAUGAGAAGUCGCACGACAGCUGCGCAUCUUUGGCAGCAUCUUGAGAGCAGUCGCAGUACGACUUUCAGUCUUUUUUGUUCGGUUGCGUCUUUUCGUCAUCAGGCUAAAGGUUGCGGCUUACCGGUGGAGUUCUGCGCUCGGUCCGGUUGUGGCACUCAGACUCCCGCGAACCUUCUGAAAGCUGUAUCUACCCCAGUUCUGAUGAUAUUCCCGCCUACAUGGCUGGGUUGCGACGGACCCAGGAUAUAGACCAGUGGAGACCAGAGGAACCAUCUAUCAGGGCCAAGGAACGAAGUAGGGAGCGUCCUCGGGAGCGCAUCCACGAACUAAGAACGUCGUCGCCCGUGCCACGCGCUGCGAGGGACACCUCCAGACGGACGCACGAUAUCGACUCUCGCUCGUUAGAUAAGCACGCAGGAGGGCGUUCACGUGAGAGAAGUUUGAGCAGAGACCGCACGCGUCGUCGCAGUCGAGGUGGCUCCAGGGACGAUCGUUAUCGAGCCUCGCGGAGGAGAACCAGUGCAGACAGGGUUUCGCACCCACACCGGCACCACGACCGCGACCACGGCGACACGACUCCAUCCUCGAAGCGCCAUCGCAGUCGCUCUGCAUCUCCACGAGACAGUCAGAAACGGGCUAGACGGCAUCGAAGUCGUAGCUCUGUGCGCUCGAGGUCCAGGACGCGCCGCGCAGACUCGUCACACCGUCCCACACCGAGGGCAUACUCCCCACGCCCACCGCGCUCAGAUCGCGACUGCACAUCUCGACGACCUACACCAGACACGUACAUUCCUCCAUCAUUGGCUCGUCGCCACUCGCCAUCUGCCGACUCAUACUACAGGCCACUUUCACAUCGGCCACGCAAACGGUCCACUUCACCUGGAAGAAGCUCCAGGCGUGUUCUGAGCCCUCGGAGAUCCCCAGCUAGGAGACACGUCGAUCGAGGCAACACAUCAGUCGCAGUUUCAAGUGAAAGGCUGCACAAACACCACGCCAGCCGCGAAAGGAGUCGCAGUCGUGCGUCUAGGCGCGCUAGAUCACCCUCUCCAGGCCGAAGACGGCCUCCCCCGCCAUCAAGAAGGCCCUCGCCGCCCAGAGCACGAAACGCAAGGUACUCGCCACGGAGGAGUCGCUCUCCUCGUGUCUCAAGCCGCCGAUCCCGGUCACCUGUUCGAUCAUCUAAAGACGAAGGUGACAAACCAUCUCGUGCAGACCAGUCCACCUCCAGACAGGAUUCGCCUGCGCCUGCGUCUGGGUACAACUCGGAUACCUCGAACAGCAAGGCAGACGACGCCAAGAUGAGGGGCGCCUACCACUACCAGGGGCGUGGAGGCCCUGGCUAUCAGCACUCUCCUCCUUAUCCUGCACACAACCAAUACUCUCCGCACAACCAGUCGCCCUAUCACGGUGGUAGAGGAGGCUGGAAUGGACAUCAAUACUCCAACCAAGGAUCACCUAUGCAUGGCUACUCGCCAAACCAAUCACCAUACAACCAAAAUCAGAAUUACUCGCCGGGGUAUCCCGCAAACCAGCCAUACCCUCAGGGUGCCUAUCAAAACGGACCAUACCGUGGUGGCCGAGGCAACCAUUACAACGGUCCUGAUCGCCGAAUGUCAGGACCUGGCCCUAACUCUGCUUUCGCACCACAAGGCGGCCGAGGUCGUGGCGCAGCGCCUACACAAUUUUCUAACCUGUCGUGGACACCAGCAUCUGGCACCAGAGGUGGCAGACCUGCCACAGAAGCACCUCGCCCGAAUCCUCCAGCGACGCAACCACCAACCGAAACCACGUCCGUCGAUGCUGAUGACAACCCUUUCCGUCCAUCAAAAGACUUGCGUGUGGAGGAUGAAGGGCCAAAGGAGGACAAGAAAAUGCCGCCACCUACGAAGCCUGCUGCUGCUCCAACACAACCUAAGUCUGGCUUCAGCUUCUCCUUGAAAACGAAGAACCCGAUCCCCGUAGCCAGCAAGGCUAAGGCGGAAGAGCCUGAGAAGGUUGAGCCAAAGUCGAAAGAGUCUUUGCUCGAGCCUAAGAAAGAUGUUACAUCUCGUGACUCUCGAUACCCCUCUGAUGCUCGAAACGACCGCGAACGCGACUACAAAUACGACCGUGAACGAGAUCGAGAACGAGACCGUGACUUUCGAGAAAGAGACCGGCGAUACGACUACCACGAUCGACAACCGGCGUACAGGGACCCACGGGACAGGGAUUCCCGCGAUCUACGGGACCCACGAGACGUUCGAGAUCCAUAUUUCCGUGAGAGGGAGAGAGAUUACAGAGAUCCUCGUGACAGAGACCUUCGUGACCCUCGGGACAUUCGCGAUGUCAGAGACCGCGAUCCACGAGAUCUACGUGAUCCUCGCGACCCAAGAGACCCAAGAGACCCAAGAGGCCCAAGAGACCCACGAGAUAUAAGGGACGUCCGCGAUGUGCGUGAUCGCAGAGAUCCAUAUCCACCGCGACGACCGGACGACCGCCGACCAGAGCCGCGCACGGAGAAUCGCCUCGACAACCGUCAUGAUCGAAGAGCACCACCCCCUGAUGUGCCGAACACAGUCAUGGUCAAGCGAAAGAGGAUAAAAGCUCGACCAACCUUGACCCCAGAAUUCGCGGCUUCAGACUCUGUGUACUAUCGAAAGCCAGGCAAUGAAUCUGUGGUUGGUUCUGGUACCUACGGCAAGGUCUUCAAGGGUGUCCAUGUCUAUACAAAAGAUAUGGUCGCACUCAAGAAGAUCCGUAUGGAGGGCGAACGUGAUGGCUUCCCUGUCACCGCCAUUCGAGAAGUCAAGCUUCUCCAGUCGCUGAACCACGAGAACAUCGUCAAACUACGAGAAGUCAUGGUCGAGAAGAAUGACUGCUACAUGGUCUUCGAGUACCUCUCCCAUGACCUCACAGGGCUACUGAACCAUCCCACCUUCAAGCUCGAGCAGUCACACAAGAAGGAUCUGGCAAAGCAAUUAUUCGAAGGCCUGGACUACCUACAUCGACGAGGCGUAUUACAUCGCGACAUCAAGGCCGCAAACAUCUUAGUGUCCAAUACUGGACAGCUCAAGCUGGCAGACUUUGGUCUCGCUAGGUUCUACGCCAAGAGGAGCAAGCUGGACUACACCAACCGCGUCAUCACAAUCUGGUACCGUUCGCCAGAGCUCCUGCUCGGUGAGACACAAUACGGCCCUGCCGUGGACAUUUGGUCAGCAGCCUGCGUCCUUGUCGAAAUCUUCACACGCCACGCUAUCUUCCCUGGCGACGGCGGUGAAAUCAAUCAGCUGGACAAGAUCUACAACAUUCUCGGCACACCUACAAAGGAAGAUUGGCCCGGCAUAGUCGACAUGCAAUGGUUCAACCUGCUCCGUCCCACCGAACGCAAACCCUCCACCUUCGAAGAGAAAUAUCGCGACCGACUCAGCCCCAUGGCUUUCGAGCUUCUGCAAGCUAUGUUCUUGUACGAUCCUUCCGCGAGGCCUACGGCCGCCGAUGUGCUCGAGCACCCCUUCUUUGCUAGUGAGCAGCCGCAGCCAAAACGUGCUGAAGCUCUGAAGGAGCUGGAGGGCGACUGGCACGAAUUCGAGAGCAAGGCGCUCAGGAAGGAGAAGGAGCGCGCGGACAAGGAGGCUAGGAGGGCGGCGAGAGAAGAGGGAAAGAAGGAUGAGGGUAAGAGGAGGGCUGACGCUACGGACAGUGAGAGAGAGGCUAAGAGGGUGAAGAGUAGCGAGACGCAUUGAGGCAUCUUGAAUGUGUAGCAGAUAUUGUAUAUGGUAUGCGAUGACAUGUAAC